CCGCCAUUCAUUCCUCGAACAGGUCCACGAUUUCCCGAGAAAAGAAGCAGGAACAAGAAUGUUUCAGAUUCUUCUGCUUCUAGGGUCGCUUCUGCUUCAUGAAGAAGCCUCGCUAGCAGCUCCCCUGGUGAAGGGUAAUUGCCCCCCAACAUGUGGUGGCGUCACCAUUCCCUUUCCCUUCGGGAUUGGUACCGGGUGUUUCCUCGAUGAGUGGUACGAGAUCUUCUGCGACGAAAGCACCGACGGUGCCGUCCCAAUGCUGAAGAAGCCCAACUUGAGGGUGCUCAACAUUUCGCUACCCGAUUCCCAUGGCGGAAAGAACGGCAUGAUCAGCGUCAGUCUUCCAAUAAUCUACUGGCCGAAUGGGACAUGUAGGGGAAAUAGAAGCUCUACAGCUGUGAACUUGAACGGGAGCCAUUUCAUCUUCUCCGAGUCAAGUAACGUCUUGGCCGCCGUCGGUUGCAACAUAGUUGUUCUAUUGGAUGACCAAAAGUCUGCAAUCAUAGGAUGCAAGUCUAGCUACAAAGAUGACAAGGUUGUUAGGAAGAUGACUUGUUCGGGCAGAGAUGGAUGCUGCCACACCACGAUUACCCCGGAUCUUCAGGCUUUCACCAUCACUUUCAAUCCCAACAAGGAUUCGCCAAAGAAUCAAUGCGAGUAUGCCUUCCUGGGAGAUAGGUCGAAAUUCACACGUUCACCUAUAGACUUCAAUAAUUUGAAGGCGAGCGGGCAUUUCCCAGCGGUGCUAGAAUGGGGGAUAGCUAAAUCCUCCCGAGCUGCCUCAGAGAUUUAUAUAUAUGGCGAUUCCUAUUCCUGCAGCAAUUUCAGCUUCAAUUCACCGUAUCCCAAGGAGAUGCCAUUUCUGCAGUGUUCUUGCCGUCGGGGCUUCACCGGUAACCCCUAUAUUAAAUCUGGAUGCGAAGAUGUGGAUGAAUGCAAAGGUCCAACCGAUCCGUGCUCUGGAAGAAAGUGUGUGAAUCGACAAGGUUCCUAUGACUGUGUAGAUGGAAGCAAGAUAAUCAAGUCUGUCCUCAUAGGUAAGUAGAUUUCUUCAUUCUGU